AUGUCUGCUCCUCAACGUACUAUUGGCCGUGAUGGCCCCAAAGUCAGUGCCAUGGGUCUCGGUCUCAUGAGCAUCGGUAGCGCGUAUGGUCAAGCUGGCCCCCUCGAAGAGACGGUAGCAUUCCUGGACCACGCCCACGCCACUGGUCAGCGAUUCUGGGACACCGCCGAUGCCUAUCAGGAUAGUGAAGACAUCAUCGGAGAAUGGUUCAAGCGCUCCGGAAAGCGGGAUGACAUCUUCAUCGCGACCAAGUUCGGCUUCGUUCCCGAUGAGGGCAAGAUCACUGUCCGGUCUGAUCCAGAGCACGCUCGGGCUGCUUGUGACACCAGCUUGAAGAGACUCGGUAUCGAUACUAUUGACCUGUACUACUGCCACCGUCUUGAUGGCAUCACCCCCAUCGAAAAGACCAUCGAGGCCCUGGUCGAUCUCAAGAAUCAGGGAAAGAUCCGCUAUAUCGGUCUGUCCGAGUGCUCAGCUUCCACCAUCCGUCGCGCACACGCAAUUCAUCCUAUUAGCGCAUUCCAGAUUGAAUACAGUCCUUUCGCAUUGGACAUCGAGGGAGAGUCGGAGAUCCUCAGCACGUGCCGUGAGCUUGGUAUCUCCGUGAUCGCGUACAGCCCCAUUGGUCGUGGAAUCCUGUCUGGACAGAUCAAGUCCGUCGAUGACCUCCCCGAGAAUGAUUUCCGCCGCAUGUUGCCCAAGUACUCCCAGGAGAAUUUCCCCAAGAUCUUGGAAUUGGUCAAGGGCCUGCAGGAUAUUGCCAAGGCCCACGACGCGACAUCUGCGCAGGUGUCUCUCGCGUGGCUACAGGCUCAGGGCCCUGAUAUCAUCCCUAUUCCUGGCACCAAGUCCACUUCCCGCAUGGAUGAGAACGCGGGUGGCGCUCUGCUCCAGCUGACCGAGAAGGAAGUCAAGGACAUUCGCGAGCUUAUCAAGCGCACCGAAGUCUCAGGUGCUCGUUACCCCGACGCAUUGUGCCGUUUCAACGGUCGUGAUUCUAACGAAACCCCCCCUCUCUAA